AUGCCCAUAAUCUCAUUCACGACCGCCUCGAGCAGGAUCCUCGUUUUCACGAUGUGUUUGGGCAAUCCUAACAGUUUACCAGAAAAGGCUAUAUCAGCAUACCAGCAUCAUACAUUCAUCUGUGAUCGCUACUUAAGGUAUUCGGACCACCCAUGCUACAGGGAUACCGGACCUGUGGGAUCGAUCGUGGGUCAAAUAGCCCGGAUAAAUGGCUUCAAAGUUGGCUUCACCGGAUCUGAUGACAAAGUGCAAUGGUUAGAAAAGGAGCUUGGUUUCAAUAAAGCUAUUAAUUACAAAACUGUGGAUGUGAGUAAAGCUCUUAAAGAAGCGGCUCCUGGUGAAGUCGAUUGCUACUUCGAAAAUUCGGUGGUGAAA